CCCCCAUUAAUAUCCCUUUGUGCAAAGAGAAGGAAGAAAGAGAGAUCCUUCGUCACGAAAGCAAUGCUUUUGCUCUGAAAUAAGCGCGCUCUCCCUCCUCUCGGUUUCUCUCUCUUGGCUUUCUCUCUCAUCAAAUCAAUGGAGGUUUCAGGUAGGGAGUCUUGCAGGGAUCAGAAGCCCCCGUCUCCUUCAACCUCGCCCAACAGCAGCUCGACAAGCAGCACGAGCUCCAAUAAUGGAGCUCAUCCAUCAGCAUCCCUCCCUCCCCUAACUCCCAAAUCAAACCCGAACCCGAACCCUAACCCUAACCCGUACCCGACGACCUUCAUCCAAGCCGACACCCAAUCCUUCAAACAAGUCGUCCAAAUGCUCACCGGAUCCGCAGAGCUCCGGCAGGUGGAGAUUCUGUCUCCGAGCGUCCUCGAUUUCCCCAAGCUCAUGCUGAGUCCCGUCACUCCUUUGAGCCCUGACCCUUUCAACAGGUCGCCGGUGAGCUCGAAUUUGGGGAUCUCGGUCUCGCCGGAGGAUCGAGCGAUCGCUGAGAAAGGGUAUUAUUUGCAUCCGUCGCCGAGGCAGGCGACGCCGAGGGACGCCGAACCGCCCAAGCUUCUGCCUCUGUUUCCGUUGACUUCGCCGAGGAUGGAGUCCGCCGGCGGUCAAUCGACUGUAUGAGGUGCGAUUGGUUCUGCAGUUAAUUAUUGAGAAGUUAAAUGAGGUUUUCGAUUAGAUCUUGUGAUCGGCCAAGUCUUGUACGUACAAUUAUCAUCUAUAUGAUAACGCUGCUUAAUGUUGUUUAUUUCUGACUAUUUUUUUUUUUUGGGAAUUUGGCUUAAUUAGCAUUUUAAUACCCUGGAAUUUUACUCUCUUUAAA